UUCAGAAUUUCAUCGUUGGUCUCCAAGCGCAAAAGUUUCAUCUUUAACAAUGCGCACAUUUCAUCGUGUUGCUGAUCAAGUAAUCGAUUGUUUUUACUUAUUUUUCGACACACGCACGCGCUCCGAUGCGUGUACGCGCACGUCGUCCCCGAACCCGCGUCAUGUGUUAUUUUUUUUAUUUUACUUGAGCUCAAGUGAGCAACAGGGCUCAUGAAGAGCGACGUCAUGCCCGCUAAUUGUAUUCACGCUCGCCCGACAAAUGUGGACGUCUUGGAGAGGAAGCGUAACCGUUGUUGUUGUUUUGCCAUUAGCCGCUAAGCUAGGCUGUUAGCUUUAGCCUGUUAGCAGCUGUCACAGCAAGAUAAUCUGAACCAAAUAAUAAUACAAACAUGGAGGGCGUUCUCUACAAAUGGACCAAUUACAUGACCGGCUGGCAGCCGCGCUGGUUCGUCCUGGCGAACGGCGUCAUUUCGUACUACGACAGCGAGGACGACGUCGGAAAAGGAAGCAAAGGCUCCAUCAAGAUGUCCGUGUGCGACAUUAAAGUUCACCCGAGCGACGCCACGCGCUUGGAGCUGAUCAUUCCCGGCGAGCAGCAUUUUUACGUGAGGGCGGUGAACGCGGCGGAGCGACAACGCUGGCUGGUGGCGCUCGGCUCGUCCAAAGCGGGAACCUCGGACGCCCACAAACACAAAGGUCCGGACUGCCUGAGGACCAAAAUGUCUGAGCUGCGUCUCUACUGUGACCUCCUGGUCCAGCAGGUCCAAACCAUCCAAUCCCAGAGCGGCGCAGACCCCGAGGACACGCCCACAUCCGAGGCGUCGCUCCUCCGCGCCACGUGUGCCACGUUCAUCAGGACGCUGGAGGAGUGCAUGAACUUGGCGCAGCACAAGCUGGCGCCGCACCUGCCGCCUCCCGAAAGGAUGAGAAGAUCGGUCAGUCACCCUGGAACGUCCGCUUCGGACAGGUGCGGCGCGCUCAAAGAAGGCUCCGGCGGGGGUCAGCGAUCCAAACCGCGGCGCGACCGGGCCGGCUCGGACAGCUCCGUUUAUGACGCUCAGUCGACGUAUAAAGGUUUGCUGGCAAACUCGUCGUGCAUCCCCGAAGAGCGAGGGGGCGGGGCGGCCCCCGAGACCACGCCCACUGACACGGACGCGGAGCUGUCCAUCUGAAGGUCGCACGAAGGUCGGAUGGCGUCACUCGGACGGCGGACGGCGCGAGUGUAUUUCCCGCUCCAUUUGCAAACGAGCACUUUGGACGCGUUCCCAGUAAUUUAUUUCUCUUUGCCUCUGGAACGCAGAACUUGAGGCGCGAAUGCGAGCGGGACCAAGAUGGCCGCCUUCUUUGCUCCCUCCCAAGGCGCGCUCGUGUGGACACGAGACGCCAUUUCGUUGCAAAGGUCAACGGCGGAAUGAUUAAAAUGUCCUUGUUACGCAGUCCCACAUAUUUGUGGAAGAACUCUUUCCCUUUUUUUUUUUUGGCCCAAUAGACUUGAACCAAUGUGUUGCCUCGAGCGGGAUUCGUUUGGAGCACUAAAUUGAAAAUUUGCACGUCGGAACGACGUCACACGACGGCCACGUCGCCGCCAAAUCGCGGACGCAGAGCCAUUCCCAACGUGGCCGACGCGGAAGUGCCGCAAUGCACGGUGGUACUUGCAUGCGGCGCACUUGAGCGGGAAAAGUCCUUUUUGGAGGGAUUGUGUCUCCUCUGUUGCUACGGCGACCAACUCAGCAUUCAAUCUGGUGGUUUUAAACGGCAAAUCUAAAAAUGCUUCAAAAUCACAAAUCACCCCCCCACCAGGAGAUGAUGACCCCCAUAAUAAAGUCAUGAAUAAAUUAUAUUUCAUUGCUGAUUCCUUUCUUGCAGUUUUUUUUCCAAGUUCUUCAUUGACCUUGUCUCCAUUUUUAUUAUUUAACAGCUUUUUUUAAAAGUUGUAUGCAGUACAUAACGCAUACAUUUGAGCAGACUGAAAAUUGUAACUUCCAGUUGAUAGAAUAAAUGCAAAAAAACAUGCAGCAAGUCCCCUAAAAUGUCUGCUUUGUUUCUUUCGUGCCAUUAAAUUGUUGCCAAACAUUUUCUUUGUUGUAGUCAAACACCAAAAUUCAAACGAAAUGUGAGUAAAAUGGCCUGUCGAAAAGUGAAAAUAUUUUUAAGGACACAACAAACAAGUGGACAACAACAACAAAAUAAUUGAAGGAGACCUUGCAGCUCAUUUAUGAAAUAUGUUAUCCUACUGCU